GUGCCAAGCAUGUGCAACGCUGAUAUUUCUGCGACUCCUCAGCAAGCAGUAGCAGGCUAGCAGUACAGACCACGGAACUCGCCAUGGAACUCUUCCUCUGCGCACCAUGCUUCAUCGUCCUCUUCGUCGUUUCGUCCCUGUACCUCCUCCUCCGCCUCUUUGCCGAUGCUCGCCGCAACCUUCCCCCGGGGCCUCGCCCGCUCCCUCUCAUAGGCAACGUCCUCGACCUCGGCGCGCAGCCGCACCGCUCCCUCGCGCGCCUCGCCGAACGCCACGGCCCGCUCAUGACGCUCCGCCUCGGCGCCGUCACCACCGUCGUCGCAUCCUCCGUGGACGCCGCCCGCGACAUCCUCCAGCGCCACGACGCCGCCUUCUCUGCGCGCUCAGUGCCCGACGCCGUCCGCGCGUGCGCCCACGACAGGUUCUCCGUUGGCUGGCUCCCGCCCAGCGACCCCCGCUGGCGCACCCUCCGCAAGGUGUGCUCCGCGGAGCUCUUCUCGCCGUCCCGCCUCGACGCGCACCAUUCCCUGCGCCGCGAGAAGGUGCGUGAGCUGGUCUCCCACGUCGCACGGCUGUCCCGCGAGGGCGCGGCCGUGGACGUCGGCCGCGUCGCGUUCGCGACCGUGCUGAACCUGCUCUCCCGCACCAUAUUCUCGGCCGACCUCGACGACCGCGGUGGGUCGGAGCAGCUCAGGGACGUGAUCACCGAGUUCACGAGCGCCGUCGGGGUGCCCAACCUGUCGGACUUCUUCCCGGCGAUCGCCCCCCUCGACCCUCAGCGUCUGAGGAAGCGCCUCGCUCGGGUGUUCCAGCGGCUGCACGCCAUCUUCGACGAGCAGAUCGAGCGGCGCGUGCUGGAGCGCGACGCCGGGGAGCCACCCAAGAACGACUUCCUGGACGUGCUCCUCGACCACCGCAGCCCGGAGGAUGGACGGGAGUUCGAUCGGCAGACGCUGCGCUCGCUGCUUACGGAUCUGUUUAGCGCCGGAGCCGACACAAGUUCAGCAACCGUUGAAUGGGCAAUGGCUGAGCUGCUACAAAAUCCAUCAGCCAUGGCAAAAGCCCGCGAAGAACUUGCACAGGUGAUAGGCACCAAAUCAGAGAUCGAUGAAUCGGACAUCGGCCAACUCAAGUACCUUCAGGCCAUCGUUAAAGAAGUUUUCCGUCUUCAUCCUCCUGCUCCAUUCUUGCUGCCGCGGCAAGCCGUGGCGACUACGGAGGUAGGCGGCUACACCGUGCCCAAGGGCACACGCGUUCUGGUGAACGUCUGGGCGAUUGGCCGGGACAGCAAGCUCUGGACUGAGCCUGAGAAGUUCAUGCCGGAGAGGUUCUUGGGGAAAGAGAUCGAUUAUCGGGGCCGGGACUUUGAGCUCCUCCCGUUUGGUUCCGGCCGGAGGAUCUGCCCCGGGAUGCCGCUGGCUGUGCGCAUGGUGCACCUGUUGCUUGCGUCAUUGCUGCACCGGUUCGAGUGGAGACUCCCAAGAGAGGUGGAGGGAAAUGGGGUGGACAUGGGGGAGAAGUUCGGGAUGCUACUGGGAUUGGCCACGCCACUACACGCCAUAGCUGAACCAAUUCAAGUCAAACAGAGCUGUUGAUAUGAAGAAACGUGGGUUGCAGAAAAUUCUAUUGAAGUCAGCAUCAUAAGAUUCCAAUUUCCAACGUAUUUGGUGCAAUUUUCUUUGCACGUGUAGUGUAUAUUUGCUGAGUGGUCACAGUCACAU